CAAAAUUUUCCUAUGAAUUCUGAAAAGGGAAAGAGGAAAAAAAAAAAAGAAAAAGAAAAACAGUAAUUUGAGACUGACAUUUCGGUGCGCAAAAUAUUUUGAAUGUUAAAUUUCCAAUUUCUCGCCUUUUGCAUCGGCACAUAGAAAUACAAGAAUUUGUUAACUCACCGCGAACUACUUCUCUCAGUUGCUUUGCUGAUUCUGUUCGUUCGGUGAUUCUAUGGAGGACAAUCCUUCGCGCCCCAAUCUCAAGCGCCGUUUCUUUGAAGACGAAGAUGACGAUUCCCUCAAACCCACUGCCCAAAAGCGAGUUAGGUUUCCAAAGGGUAAGAAGUUGAAAUCUGGAGAUGCAUUUUUGGAUAAAGGGAAAGCUGAAGAAACCCCAGAUGAUUUAACAGACCCGCGACUUGCUGCCAAAGAGCGUGCAAAGCGACGGAAUCAAAUGACUGCUGACCUCUUUAGUGAAGAGAAUAGAGGCCUCGUAAAUGACAUAUCAGCAGCUGAAGUGACUUAUGAAGAAAAUGAGAACUUUGAUGCUGAUGGAAUUCAAUUGGAACCUUUCAAUUUAGACAAAGAGAGGGAAGAAGGUUAUUUUGAUGCUGCUGGUAAUUUUGUUGAAUAUGUUAAUGAUAAAGAAAUCAAGGAUGCAUGGCUUGAUAGUGUUGACAUUGAUCCAAAAUAUACUGGGAAAAGCUCUAUAGUAAUAAAUAACGAAGAUGAUGUCCAAGAGCUAUCUUCUGAAGAAGUUGGAAAAAUAAAGAGACGUAUUGCUGAUGUGCUUGAGCCAGGUGAAACGGUUCUUCAAGCUUUGAGAAGGUUGAAAGGAAAUUCCAAAGACAGGAAGGAGAAGAUGUCAGCUGAGAUAAAGCAUAUAUUUGACAAGUUAACAGAAGAUGCUAUGAAACUUAUGGAUAAUGGUGAAUACAAUGUUUAUCAUGAAAAACAAGAGGUUUUUGAGCGUGAGGCAGAAGGAUAUGAGACAUUAGCUCGGGCUAAGGAAGGAUCAUCCUUGAGCUUGCAUCAUGGAAAUUCUGACGCCAACAAGGGAAAUGGUUUGUUGUCUGAUGUUCAAAAUCCUGGUGUGGGCUCAUUAUUCACCAAUCAACCCGAAGUUGAAAUCACUAGCAGUGGAACUGAUACAUAUGAUAUGUUUGCUGACGAAGACGAGCAUGCAGAUCCAUCUUCUAAUGAAAAUUUAGUUGCUGAUGCCAAUGGAGUCGAUCAACAAUUUCCCAGUAACCUUAACCCUAAUUCUGAGAGUGAAGCUUCACAGAAUGACUAUGUUUAUGAUGAAUCCUCAGGGUAUUAUUACAGUAGCAGUUUGGGGUAUUAUUAUGAUCCAUCUACGGGACUCUUUUGUUCUGCUACGUCUGGACGAUGGUACUCUUAUAAUGAGGAGACUGGCGCAUAUGAUGAACUCCAUGAAGCUUCUGCCCCUAAUGCCAAUUGAGAAAUGAUGAAGAUCUGAUGGAGGGAACUGUACAGAAUACUGAACUGAACAACAAAUUGGAAGAUGUGGUAAUGGGUAAGGUUACAGUUGUCUUUGUACUUUUCACUUUUUUUUUCUUGGAAUAUCAUUGUAAGUUAUGUUCUACAAUUGCUGUUUGAUUUUGUUAUUACUUCACUGAAUUCUAUCAAUGGAGUCACUUAGCAUGGGAAGGUGGCCAAAUGCAACUUUCUUUAGGCUGGAUUUUGUAUUUUAAAGACUUAGUUCUAUCUCUAUAAAACAGGGCAAUUACUUGUUUC